AGAGCUCUUGUCUCACUGUUUAUCGCGAGAUCUCAGCUCUUCCUUUUUCCCUUUUCGCUUUGAGUCCAAGAUGGGAGUCGACAUCAGGCACAACAAGGACCGUAAGGUGCGCAGGAAGGAACCAAAGAGCGAGGACAUCUACCUCAGGCUCUUGGUCAAGUUGUACAGGUUCCUGGCCCGCCGCUCGAAUGCUCCCUUCAAUAAGGUCAUCCUUAGAAGGCUCUUCAUGAGCAGGUCCAACAGGCCUCCUCUCCAUCUCACGCCUGGUCAGUCUACUCCCAGCCUGUUCAGCACACUCAACGAUACAUUGAGUGACAGUGUUAUGCCAGUGUCAGCUCUGCAAGCAGCUUUGGCUCUCUGCUGUGGACUCCCUACAAUUCGUAAAAUGAAGUUACCUGGACGUGAUGACAAAAUUGCUGUUGUUGUGGGAACAGUCAGUGAUGAUAUCAGGAUUCAGGACAUCCCCAAGCUCAAAAUAUGUGCUCUGAGGAUCACCUCUGGAGCCCGCCACAGGAUUCUGAAAGCAGGAGGUCAGGUGAUGACCUUUGACCAGCUGGCUUUGGCUGCUCCCAAAGGACAGAACACUGUGCUGCUGUCAGGGCCCCGUAAAGCUAGAAAGGUGUACAGGCACUUCGGAAAAGCUCCUGGAACCCCUCACAGCCACACCAAACCAUAUGUCCGCUCCAAGGGCAGGAAGUUCGAGAGAGCUCGUGGUCGCAGAGCCAGUCGUGCCUACAAGAACUAAUCUGUUCAUCGUUUAUUGUGCCGUCUUCUGGAAAUAAAAGAUUGGUUGUACAAAAA